GUCAUUGUUCUCUGCCCCCAUUCCUCAUUCCUUCUCGUCCAAGAUGGUGGAACAGACUCGGUCAAUGGAGUCCCGGACAGGGCGAAAAAACCAACGUGAGUGACCUCCGGAGGCACGUGGGGCGGAUUACGUCGCUCUGGUGCCUUAUCGGAUUCCCCUCCUUUCGCGAAGAUGGGAUGAUUCGGCUCUCGGACCCUUCGGACGAUGUUCGCGCAAUCCUAGGCUAACGCGUGGAUGCCGUUUUCUAGGUUAUGGAUCGAAAGGCGAACGGCUCGUGGCUGGCGUGGUGCCGCUAUCGACGGAUAAGACGAAAGUCCUCAUGAUCCAGUCCGCCGGACGUGGCGGCUGGGUACUUCCCAAAGGGGGUUGGGAAACGGAUGAGGACAGUGCCCAGCUGGCUGCCUGCAGAGAGGCCUGGGAAGAGGCCGGUGUCAUCUGCACGGUACAGCAGGAUCUCGGGCUGAUCCCGGACAUGCGCCCGUCGUCGCUGUUGACGGCGCAUGCCCCGAAAGCUUCCUACCAGUUUUUCGAGGUCACCGUGGACCGCGAAGAGGAUCAGUGGCCCGAGAUGCACAAACGGAAACGUCAAUGGGUUGGCUACGCUCAAGCUGCGGCGUCCCUUUCCAGUCGUCCCGAACUCCUGGAGGCAUUGAAUCGCAGUUCCUUGAAAAGGUAGCGAUGACUGUCCUCGGUUGCACUCCGAAAUCAUAGGGUAGAGAUGACCGGCUAGUCGGUCGUUCACCUCGAUUUUGGACUUUUUACGACUCGACAUGAUUCCCCUUCUAAAAGAAAAAAACAUUUUCUUUUCCCAUCUCAUCUCCACAUCUCUUAUUGCAUCUCUCUCGAUUGGUGUCUUUCUACCCCCUUCUUUUUCUUUUGGGUCAUGGUCGGCUGUGCUGCUUUGGAGUUCGAGGUUUUCUGUCUUUGUAAUAUCGCGCUGGUGGCUGGAUGGCUUUGCGCGAGAGCCCAGUUCCCACAACUCACCUCUAUAGAUUCCACGACAAUCCGUCAAAAUAGAAAGUUAGAGCAACACGGUCGACAGCACUGUUGGCGGACGGAUGAAGAAAAAGUUAUGCGUCUUUCGGACGUGGUUUUUUUGGUCGGGUCCGACUUUGGUUGGAGGACUCG